UUGCAAUUGUUGCUGGCCGGUUCCAGAAGAUAAUAAUCAUAUUCAUAUUCAUCUCUCUCUAUUCUAUCUUCUGCACUUUUCUGCACUCAUCUCAUCAUCCUACUAUUUUUUAUAUAUUCUUUUACCCACCCCCUUAUCUCUCUGAUCAUACAAACCCUACUCCUCCUCCUACUACAAACUUUCACAGAGCUCCCAUACCAUACUCUCUGCACUCUUCUCUUUUUCCUCAUCUUCCCCAUCUCGCCAAUGGAUGUGGACAUAGUGAAAACCCCUUCAAAUGACGACAUGAUGGCAAUGAUGAUGCAAAUGGAAAAGUUCCCUGAAUUCUCUGAACCUUUUUAUACCAACGAGUUAUUACCCGGUAAUGGAAGCACCACCACCAUUUUCAACACUUUGAUUGACCCUCCACCACCUUCCAACAAUGUCAACAACCUCUUCACCAACCAUAUCCAACAACAACACAUGACACCACCACCACCGCCGCCACUUCAACAACAAUUCAACGAGGUUGUUCCAUUCAGGAGUAGUGCUUCAAACGCUUCAUUUCCUUACCCAGCUGAGAAAAGAAACUCCAUGGCUGCCAUGAGGGAAAUGAUCUUCCGGAUCGCGGUGAUGCAACCGGUUCACAUCGACCCGGAAACUAUCAAGCCACCAAAGCGGAGGAACGUGAAGAUCUCCAAAGAUCCUCAGAGCGUGGCCGCGAGGCACAGGAGGGAGAGGAUAAGCGAGAGGAUAAGGAUCCUCCAGAGAUUAGUCCCGGGUGGAACCAAAAUGGACACGGCUUCAAUGCUUGAUGAAGCCAUUCACUAUGUGAAGUUCUUGAAGAAACAGGUGCAGACGCUCGAACAAGCUGGGGCUACUAGACAUGUUGGAGGUGGCGGUGGCGGUGGCAGUGUUGGGUUCCCACUUAUGUCGAAUUCCAGUGUGAAUUAUUCAGCUUUGUUGAUGAAGGGUUGCCAACCUUUUCAAAUGAUGGGUUCUAGUUCUAAGCAAUUGCUUAGCUGAGGUACAACAAGGUUUUAAAUUGCGGUUGCAGUUGUAUUGCACAAUUAUAGAAAAUGUGAGUUUAUGCGGGUGCAGUGUUGUUGCAAGGACUCCAAAUCUGUUUACGUUUGCGGUUGCAAUUGUGAACUGAAAUUUAUAACCUUGCAAGAAGGACUGAAUUUGUUUGUCCCAGAUGAAAGCAAUUAGUUCUUUUAGUGUUAAUUGUUGGUGCACGGUUUGGUGGGAUCAUGUGAUCGU